CCCGCACUUGGCACCAGGUCCUCCCUUCCUCCCCUUCUAUCUCUCUUGGGUGGCAUGGCACUUUUUGGGCACAGAGAAGGGUGCUGGAGAUAUAUAGACAUGGCCCGAGAGCCUAAACUGAGCCAUACGAGGCCUGGUCAGAAGAGGCAGCACACCGGAAGCCUGUAUCCCAACAACUGUGACCUGGACUAUGAGCUUUAUAAAGACGAUUUGCCAUGCAGGAUCUAUGAAUACCAAAAGAUCCCUCCUCUUAUCGGCCACAUUCCUAUCAAGACCAGACGAAGCCACCUAGGAGCUGGAAGCAAGACCAGCCUGGGCCCCCACACAGACUUAAGAAACAACAGCAAUUCCACUACAGGCCGUACAAAAUUGCGAGCAGAAGAACUGCACUCCAUCAAAGGGGAAUUGAGCCAGAUCAAAGCCCAGGUGGACAACUUGCUGGAAAGUUUGAAUCGGAUGGAUCAACGGCGGGAACACCCCACAGGUACCAAGGAGAGCAAGAAAAAAUUCUUAGCCAGCGUGGACACAUCCUAUCCAGGAGGGGUACUAACCAGGAGGAACGAAAGCCCCGGAAAUGAGGGUCCCAACACUCAGCAAGAUGUUGAUAGUGCUGAGGAGAGCACAGACACCGAAGAAGCAAUGAGAAAUCACACACUGGAUCCUGAAGGAAGCAAGUAGGGAGGGCUACCCUGCUGGGACCCCUCGCCGAGCAUUUCCUUUUCUCUGUGUUGCAUUUCUUUCCAUGCCUUCAGCUUGUGCAGCCUCCAACAUCGCUUCCCUGCAACCCGUGCUGGUACACAGGAGACAGAGAGAGGUUCAGCUGCAGCAUUGCUGUGGCCUCUGAGCUGGUGGAGAGCUUCCUGUUUCAACUCAAGGGAGAACCUCAUGUGCUGUUGUGGAAAAAAAACUUAAAAAUAGCCCUAGGAUGGGAGAAAGAGGGGAGGAAAAGCAGGCCCUGUGACUGCACAUUUGAACCAAUCGUUGUUGCUCCAAAAUAAACAGUAGCGAUGGGCUACA